CCUGCCGUCGUCCCCAACGGCGCGGCGCCCCCGACAAACCAGCCAACAAAGACGAAGGACGUGCCUAACAAGAUGUCGCUUACUCUGUCCCACUUGCCAAGUAAGAAAGACAUCAAGGUUGUCUACCCCAGGUCGCCGUCCACGAUUGACCCUAACAACCCUCCAUGGCCUGCAUUCCGUGGAUACCACACGUACUCAUUCGCAUACGCGACUAUGGGUCACCGACUACCCACCAUUCUCGGGAAAGCUAUUGAUGAUGUCAUCGAAACCCUCAACCAGGAGUCUGAGGAGGAGAAAGUUGUUGACCUCGUCCAGUGUAUUGAACGUAUGGACAAGCUUAAAGAGGACCUGCACGCCCACGCACGCCUUCGACCUAUCAUCGAUGAUGGCGAGGCAGACGUUGCCCUUUGGAACAAAGAGAUCGCCAAAUACUUCCAGGGCAAGGAUUUCAUGAACGCACCGUGGUUGUUUGCAGAAGCCUACAAGUAUCGUCGCCUGCGCGAAUGCUUCAGUGUUAGCAAGUACUGGCACCACUACGACGUCUUCUUCAGACAGAAGUGCGAUACGUUCGCACGAUCAAACGAUGCAGUCUUUGAGCUCUCCACGCGUUUCGUAGAGCCGUUCAAGCACCAAGAAGGUCUGGCUGAUGAUGCAAAGCUCGAGGCGGAACGCUUGAUGUUCAUGGAGCUCACGCAGAUCUGUCUUUGGGGUAACUCGACCGACCUCUCACUUCUGAUCAAUAUGACAGAGGAACAAAUAAAGUCCCUUCAGUCUACCGGCGGCGAGAACUUGGCGGCGACCGAGAAAAACAUCCUCGGAAACCACAUGGCGCGACUCUGGGAGGUUGUAAAGGAGAUGCGAAACAAGACAGGUGGACGCGUUGACUUCGUGCUGGACAACGCCGGCUUCGAAUUGUAUUGCGAUUGCGUGUAUGCCGACUUCUUGAUUCAAAGCGGAUUGGCUAAGGAAGUCCGCUUCCACGGCAAGCGUUACCCGUGGUUCGUGUCGGACGUUACGAAGAAAGAUUGGAACUGGCUGCUCAACUCCAUGGUAUACGGGCAUCUCUUCCGUAAUGCAUCGGACCAGGAGGUAGAGAGUUUGCGUCGCCUGGGCUUGCGGUGGAAACAAUAUGAGCAGGAGGGCAAGUGGGUGUACGAACAGCACCCCUUCUGGUGCACCGGAUACACAUUUUGGGAUUUGCACAAUGAAGCCCCUGAUCUGUUCUUGCACCUCUCGCGCUCUGAUCUUGUCAUUUUCAAGGGGGAUCUCAAUCACCGCAAGUUGACGUAUGAUUGUGCUGCUCCUUCUUCAACCGAGUUUGAGGUUGCUAUCGGGCCGAUGGCCUCGGCUGCCGGUGCUCCUCGUGUCUGCAGUAUGCGGACAAUCAAGAGUGAUGUCGUCGUCGGCCUUGGGUCCGACGGCGAUGAGCUGUCGGAGAGGCUCGAGAAGGAGGAACCUGGCUGGAAGAUCAGUGGCAAAUAUGCUGUCGUGCUUCUGUCCGAAGGUCGUCCUGGCGAGAAAGUUCGCUUUGCAUGAAUGCCUUGGGGUUUCCUGCGAUCGACACCGCCGAGACAGAACCACAAUUAGCACUGCAAAAAGCAGCUUAGCACGAAAAAAUAUUCGCAUUAUACAGCUUCGUAAUCGUCGUGAUUUUCUCUCAUCUGCGUUCAGUGAAGUGAUUCCGCAGCAUCUCUCGCACCUUGUAUCAUAGUUGGCUCCUCCCCCUCGUGCACUUGCGGUUAUGAUUGUCGACUUGAAUGCAGCAGACAUGUAUGUUGU